CGAAAAGUGACGUGGCGGAGAAAGGAGCGUGCACCGUACGCAAAAGGCAAAAAAAAUAACAGAAGGUGAAAUGUAGGAGAUAUUCGGAAAACCAGAAGUUGACACGAGCCAAGCCCAGGGCUCCGGAUUCCUUCACGCAUCUCACUCUCUUCUCUAUUUCUUCACACUUUCCUGUCCUUCCUUCUGCUAACCAUCUCCUCUCUGAAUCAAAAAAUAUUCUUAGAGCUGUAACGGAUUGAUCGAUUGACGGCGGCGACGGCGGCAAUAUAUGGAGUCGGAUUCUGUUCUCUUUCUGAUAAUUUGUCGACGAUGAAACUGAUUGAACAACGUAGUAAUGGUAUUAUCAUCUGUACGAGAAGCAGUUGUUCUAGGAGAGAAGUGGGGACGGUGCUGGGGUGUUCGUCGCCGAGUAAGGCCGUGGCUCCGUUGGAAUCGCAAGGAGACGUGUGAUUGAGGAGGAGGAGGAUGAGAUGUUAUGAGGUUCAAGAUGUCUGAUUUUAAGGUGCUUGAUCGUGUCAGUAUUGGCCUUGGUGGCCGGGUGGAUGAGGUGGUUUUUCAAGCAAUAGUGAAGGAUUCUAAUAGCCCUUUGCAUAACAUUAAAGGUGUGCUUCGGAAACUUGUCAGUACUCAAGCAAAACGUAGAGGAAUGCGAGCAAUAGAGGUAUUGAAGAAGCUGGUUCGCCGUAAACUUAUGUACCAUUCUUAUUCGAUGCAAGUUUAUGGUUAUAUUUCUUCACCUUCUAGCGGCCGUGGUUCGUUUACUCUGGUACAUGGGUAUCAUGGUAGUUUUUCUUUGGGACAUUGGCUUCAACAAUCAGAUUGGCUUCCUACCUUGGAAACCACUCUGGCAUUGGAUGAGGAAUCUGUCAGGAGGGUGGGAGAUGACACGGUGGGAGGACCUGCUGUCUCUCGGCAGUUGCAAAAAACACACAAAUUGAUGAGGGAUCUCUUGAUUGGAGGGGGGAUACUAGGGAAUGCUGCUGACUUUUACGAGGAUGGUCCAAAUAGUAGCACAUUGGACACCAACAUGGACAGACGGCAGAUGAUGAUUACAUUUGACAUGAGAUAUGCAUAGAUAGAUAGACCUAAAAGUGUAUCCAAUUAGCGCUGCUAGCAGAGAUCCUGGUGUCCUGAAUUCUGUUUCAUCCCUGUUGAAAAGAUGUGUAGGAUUUAUGAUGGCAAAAAUGGUGCUGCGGGAACUCAUGGAUCCAUUAAUUUUCAUCAAGUUCUGAUCAUUCCUCAUGAAGACGAGAGCAGGGAAAGGAUCCUUCAUGCUUGCAUGAAUUUUUGUUGCAAAUCCUCAGUAGGAAUUCUCCAUCUGGAAAUGUUGGACUCCAAAUACUAACUGUGGUGCCGGUUGGGACCUUUUAUCCUUGUUUGGUUGGCAACCGAACGUUCCAAAAGAAUAAGUUGUUUGGAUGCCCUCAGGCAUCCAUUUCUGUGUGGACCAAGAUGGUGGGUGGCGCCAUCCAUGGAUAUCUUCAGCUGUGGCCUUGGCUCAACUGCAGUUCGAAUGACGGAGGAAUACAUUUAUAAGCAGAUGGAUUAAUCGGUUGUGACUCUUUCAAGCCAGUGCCUUGAGUGAUUAGCUGGAAAUUUUGAAAGUUUCCUUUUCUGGGCAGAGUAGCACAGGUAUGCAUCUUGAUCGUUUAUCAAAGGCUUUGUGAACCUAGAAAGUACCCUGUUUUUCUAGGGAAGCACAAGUAUGAGAUGGAACAACUAGUGUUACUAAUUAAUUUCCCGUUACUUGGAAGAUAUCUUAGUGUGCUUCAAUUUCUAUUCUUGCAACUAAAUCUUUGCAUGUAGACUCAUUAUAUAUCUGGUGUUGGUUUAUAGCUAACAAUGGCAUUAGGUUGACAAGGUAAACUGAUAUCGUAAUAGGCUUUCCAAUUUUAUCGAGUUGAUGGAGAUGUUGAAUGUUCAUUCAA